AAUACCUAACUAUUGUGGGCAACUUUUAAAUUUAAGGAUUGAUCUACAAUUUGAAAGCCACUCAACUUGUCCGUAAUGCUUGCCACGAGUCUCCUAACUUCCGGACCCACCAAAAACAACUUUCUGCAGCGCCCCGCGGCUCUGCCUCUAAUAUGUCCGAAAGUUGCAACCAAUUUCGAACUGCAAGGUGGUACUCACUCACAUCGCUGGCUGAUGCCUAAUGGCCGUGAUAAUGCCAUGACAACUGUGCGAGCAACGGAGGAUUUCAGAAAGUUCUGCAGUCUUAAAUGGGGGGAGUGUCGAAUUCGAAGCCACCAAACUAUGCCAAAUUACUCAACAACGUUGCAUCACCUGCGUGGAUGUGGAUGUGAAUGUCACUCCUUCACUGAACGCGGCGUAGAAAUUUGGAGCACAGGCAGCAGGAAAAAGGAGGAGCUGGCUCAAUUAGUUCGGACUUCCGGACAGCAAUUAGGAAAUGCCUAAAUUGUGUGGUUUCUCAAACCCAAAAAUACUUUUCUUGUUUUAGCCGCAUCAAAUUUAAAGUUACUAAAUAAAUUACAAAAUGAUGUACAAAUCAUCGCGACACUGUUAUUUUUAAGUCAAAUAAACGUAGUUAAAGUAGUUUUGCCAGUUAGAUGACCACCGUUAUUAAAAAACGCAGUACUUUUUUCGGCCAAAUAUUCAAAAGUAUACAUACAUUCACUUUUCUGUCAAAUUAAUGCGAUUCGAAAAAGUUCCAAAAACAAUAUUAAUGGACAUAAGAACAGCGAGAGGUAUUCGUUCG